UGUGAUGGUUUCCUCAUGUGCCAAACACGCGAGCGGAUGCUGAGCAACGGGCAGAGGGACACCAUCACCCCCUUACCCGUGUCUCAUUUCUCCCCUUGGAAAGCAGGCCUGGCCCCACAGAGACUUCCUUAUCCCCUUCCCGAGGCGUCUGCAGAGCAACCGGCGGAGUUAGCUGGGAAAAAUGAGGCAGUUAAAGCGGCGACAGCCCUCUUUGAGGAGGAAUCUUUUGGACCUCCCAGUGAAGGACAAAGAAAAGCUGGCUGAAGCUGAGUUCAGGAGGCUGCAGAAACAGUUUCAGAUAGCAGCGGAGAAGAGGAGAUCUUAUGCUGCCAACGUAAGGCAGCAGAUGCAGGCUCAGGAAAAAGAAAUAGAGUUGCUGACUCAAGAACACGAAGAGAUGUUGUUAACACUGAGCAAGAUCAUGUCCCGGAGAAAUGUGAUGCUGGAUGACAGAAAUUGUAGGGAGGUCCGAUGCCUUUUGCAGACCAAAUAUCAAUAUGACUCUCUGAUUAGAGACAGAAAAGCCCUGUUAGCUGACCUGGACAACCAGAUACUAGAGCUGGAAAAAAAGAUUGUGAGGGAAAACGAGAUAGCAGGCAAGGUGAAGCAAGCGAACAGUAGCAAACGGCUGCAGAAGCAGAUUGAGACACUGGAGUCGUGUCUGAACAACGUCACUGUCCGUUUCAAUACCAUCCUGACCAGAAACAACAAGCUCCGAGAAGAGAUCGAAACCCUGCGAAUCUGCAAAGCCACUUUGGACAACUUCUACUUGAAGGUCCAUAAGAAGCUGGACCAGCAGUGGACAAGGAUGAACAUGGCUGUUGAGCAAUCCACACAAGCCUAUGAGCAGCGGAUGGAGGCUCUGGCAAGAAUUUCAGCCAUGAACGAAAGACACAGCAAAGACACUGUCCAGUACAACGUCGAGCUGCAAAAGCGGGAGUGUGUCCUUGACCAGGAGACCAAACUGAAAGCCUUCAUGCUCCCCAAAUUUACAGAUCGCUCUGAACUGGAGGAACAGGCCAAAAAGAAAAGAGACCUGAAGGCAGCCCAGAAGGCCAAGCGGAGCCAAGGGGAGAGCUUUGAGAGCCGGGAGGUGGCUUACAAGCGCCUGCUGGAGCUGGCGGAGGAUGGGGACGUCGACCGGCUGCUGAAUGGCUUCAUCGAAAAGGAGGAGAAGAACUUUGCCUGCUUCAGCUACGCCAUCGAGCUGAACAACGAGAUGGAGAAGAUGCGGCAGAGGAUCAAAGACCUCCAGGAUGAAAUCACAUCCCUGAUGACGGACCAGGAGUGUGCAGAGAGCAGCAGCCUUCAUGACCUGCAGAAGCUGGAGGAAAAACUAGCGGGAGCCACUGAGGAAGCCAACUUGUAUGAAGACAGAUGCAAAGAGAGCAGCAAAGUCCUGGGCCAGCUCAAAUCUGGCAUGGAGGCCCUGAUCACAGACAUCAACUGCGAUGCUACAGAGAUAGUGAAGCAGCUCGGAGAAAAUGGGCAGAUCACGGAUCUGAACCUGAUGCAGCUUUCUGGUCUCGUGGAGAAGAAGACCAACGAGCUCCUCCUGAUGGAGUCCGUCCUGCGCUGGACCUCAUCUGAUGACUUUCUUUCGGCCCCGACCUUCAGCAACCCACUGCUGGAAGGCACCGGGCUCCUCCGCCUGAUGGAUCGGAGACGUCUCUGCCCGUUGCCCCCAACCCUGGACGGCACCACCGAUGCCACCGACGCCUUGGAGGCACCGUUGGACCAUGGGCAGCUGCGCCAGCUGAUUUCUAGUGCUGGGAGAAGUAGCAGGGCAACAUCACCGGCACGGGCAAGAAGGGGAGGAAUGGCGUCAAGCUGGGAGAAGUAG